UAAAUUUUAAGAAGGGGCCGCAAACCCCCCCUAAAUUUUAUCUAAUACGAUUGCACAAAAAUUGAGCCAUAAUUAUCAGAGAUGAUAAUGCUACAAGGAGGACCGUCUACGUGUUCUUCUUCUACAUCCGCCGCCGGUACUUCGCUUCUCAUCACCAAUUCAAAGAUUCCAUCUUCUCAUCCAUUUGGUACCCGUCUCUACCCAUCUCCACUGCCGUCAAAAUUACACCUCAACACUCUUCACUGUACCGCUACUCAAGAGCUUGCUGCUGUUCUUGAAACUGCCAAGAGCGAGUCAGAAUUUGUUGAAAUUGGGUACUUAUCCAGUGUUCAUGGACUUCAAGGAGAAAUUUAUGUUAAACCCAGUACUGAUUUUCCUGAACUACGAUUUUCCAAGCCUGGGAGAAGAUGGUUAAGGCAGCAGAUUUAUGGGAAAGAUGUAAUUCAAGAAGUUGAGUUGGUUGAGGGAAGAGGACACCAUGGACAGAAGAAGAGUUGGAUACUUAGUUUUGGGGGAGUUGACACAGUGGAUCAGGCAAAGCAGCUUGUUGGGUCUACUCUACUUGUGAGAGAAGAUGAUAGGCCGGAGUUAGAAGAAGGAGAAUUUUACACUCGUGAUCUUGUAGGCAUGAAAGUGAUCCUUAAGGAAACCGGUGAAUGUGUGGGAAGUGUCGUUAAAAUUUUCGAUAGCGGAGCAGGUGACCUUUUGCAGGUCAUGCUCAACCCAACCGGAGAUAUGCCUGAAGGAGCUGACAAGUUAAUGCCUGCAGAAGGUGUAUCUGGUCCCCUUGUGUGGGUACCAUUUGUCGAAGCUAUUGUUCCAGAUGUUGAUAUGGCUAAAAGAGAAAUGUGGAUCACACCCCCAAAAGGAUUACUUGAGUUAAACAUUCGCUCUGAUGAUAGGUCCAAGAAAGAAAGACGCCAGCUUGAAUGGAAAGAGAGAAAAAAGUUUCAAAGACGCCUUAUAGCAGCUAAAAAGAAACUAUGUGAUAUGGAGCAAAAGCAUGUGUUUGAUGGAUUGAGAUACGGAGAGAAGUCCCAAAGGAGCUUGCUGGCAGAUGAGAUUGUUAGUGUAAAUUCUAAUUUGCUUCAGCAGGCGCUGCAAAAUAUAGAGAUACCUUCCAAGAGAUGGAAGCUGUCUGAGUUGAUCAAUGCCACAAGAACUAAUCUAAUAAAAAAUUCUUUGAAGCUAUCAAAGAAAUCCCUCAUUCCUUAUGCAAGUAAAGAGGAAUCAACCUCAAGUUUAACGUUGCAAGAAAAAGGACGGAGUCUUUUGUCUAAAGGCAAAGUUGGUAUCGUCUUAAUGAUGAAUGACAUUGAGAAGAAGGGAAUAAGCAAUAGAUCUGACAUUGUCGGCUCUGAAAGCAGUGAGGAUUCAACGUUUUCCUGGCUUCAGAAAAUACUUUCAGGGGAUCAGACUUUUUUAAAGAUGGAAGACCGAACUCUUGUCCCUUUGGUUUUGGUUUGCCCAACGCAAGAACUCCAGUCUUUGCAAAAGCUGUUUUCAGACUAUGAGUAUUUUGGGUUUGAUACUACCAAGGUGUGGUUUUUGGAAGAAGAAAAGCUUCCCGUAGUUAGUAGUACAAAUGAAGAACAAAGCACACACAAGAUUUUGAUGAAGUCGCCAUGGGAAAUACUGCAAGCACCAGUUGGAUCUGGCAGUAUAAUAAGCUUGCUUUCAGCACAUGACAUUCCACAGAAUCUCAACGAAAUGGGCGUGGAAUAUUUCGAGGUAUGCAGUGCUAAUGAAAAUUAUUUACUUGGAAAUGCACCACUUGUUGGGUUUGUUGAGUCAUGUAAAGCUGAAAUCGGCACGGUAGUCUGCGAAGAAGAAACGAAAGAUUCCGAGGAACGUUUUCACAUGAUAAUCUCCACAAAUACUAUGAAAUUGUUGACACAGCAGAUGGAUAAGCUCCAAUCUCAUACAAUGUUGAAGCCAAGUUCACAUGUGAAGUUGAUUGACAAAGAGUGGACUGAUAUUAUCCCGUCAUCUCCCAAUUCAUACCAAUUUUGCAGUUCAAUUUACAGUGUCUUAAAUGUCUGCCCUCUUGAUAAGAUCUGUGUUAUGGAAAUUACAGAUCAGUAACAAUGAACAAGUUAAAUGUGAGUCUAGUACUUGAAAAUGUAUGGAAUUGUCGACCUAACAUGUUUAAUUGUAUAAAUUAUUUUAUAGAUU